AUGGGUAUGGCAGCAGAAUCGCAGUUCCAUGUAUUAGCUGUUGAUGAUAGUUUAUUCGAUCGGAAACUCAUAGAAAGAUUGCUUCAAAAGUCUUCGUGUCAAGUAACAACGGUUGAUUCAGGCUCCAAGGCUUUAGAAUUUCUGGGUUUAAGAGAAGGUAUUGAGAGAAACCACCCAAAUGCACUUUCUACGUCUCCUAAACUUCACCAGGAAGUUGAAGUGAAUCUUAUAAUCACUGAUUAUUGUAUGCCAGGCAUGACUGGUUAUGAUUUGCUCAAGAAAGUCAAGGAAUCAUCAGCGUUUAAGAACAUACCAGUAGUAAUAAUGUCCUCUGAGAACGUUCCUGCAAGAAUCAGCAGAUGUUUAGAAGAAGGAGCUGAAGAGUUUUUCUUGAAACCAGUAAGAUUGGCUGAUCUCAACAAGUUGAAACCUCAUAUGAUGAAAGCAAAGUUGAAGAACCAGAAGCUGGAAGAGAUUGAAAGACCUUCAAAAGGCGCAAAUGUUGAACCAGAGAUUAAAGAUUCAACAGAAAUCGGAAUCAAAAUGUUGCCUCUUCAAUCAGAGUUUGAACCGAAACAACUGCAUCUGCAAGUAGUACAACAAGAGGAACAAACAUUGAGUAACAACAAGAGAAAGUCAAUGGAAGAAGGGCUCUCAGCAGAUAGAACACGUCCUAGAUUCGAUGGUAUCACUACCGCUGUCUGA